AUGGCAGAUGACAASGAUAACGUAGACCAAAAAGCUAGCUCUUUAGAAAUAAUAAGCAAAGUGUGGUCGAGUUUAACUUCUAACGAAAACCCAGACGAAGACCCUAAUGACACAACAACAUCAACGGUCACUAGUAAUGGCAAUGAUGAACAAGAGGGGUCAGCAAACGAAAAUGAGGAUGGAACGACUGCAAGUGAGGAAAUGAAUGAUGAAUCUAGAAGGAGCUCAAUCUUAAGUAACAUUUUCUCUAGAUUUAACUCAACGGAUAAUUCAGAAAAUGACUCAAACGUGAACGAAGGGGACAAAAAUAGCAACGACGAAAACAACACGAGCGAAAAUACCUCUACUGGAGCUGAAGAUGCCUCUGCAACUACAGGCGAAAGCGACGGAGCCGAAGCUGGGAAUCAAGCCGGCUCUUUUGGAAUUAUAAGUAAUUUUAUCUCGAGUUUUACUUYAGUAAGUACAGAAAAUAGUGAAAGUGGGGACUCGCAAAAUUCAACGGAAAGUGAGGACGUUGCAACUGGAGACCAAAUCUGUGACUUAAACACUGAAAAUGUAACCGAAGACGAAGCUGAAAAUCAACGACGUGGCUCUUURGGAAUYAUCAGUGAKUUAAUUUCAAGUUUUACUUCUGUAAGYGAUGAAAAUAAAGAUGACUUACAAAGUGGCAAUGCGAAUGAGCCGACGACAACCGAUGCASAAGAGGUCGAUGGUGAUGUAUUAGACGAUACUGCAGAUGUCAAAGAACAAGAUAGUUUUAACCAGCGAGUAAGAUCAUCGAGUUCUGCCCUUUACACUGAACCAGAGAAUAUUGACAAAAAAGAUUUGGAUUAUGUAACGCUUGUUUCGUCUUGA